UCGUUAAAAACUAAAUAACUGCUUGCUGYUGCUAGUUUUGUACAUGCAGAAUAGCUCUGAAGAACGAGCACUCAAAAGCACAUUAAAAUACACGUUUACUCGUUGUUGAAAUUGUUUUAUGUGGCCAGACUGUUUAGCAAGUAAAAGCUUUUUAGCAGAACWAUUAUUUUUUAAUUGAUAACACAUAAAAAUUUCUUGAGCUAUAGUGAAAAAACUCUGACGAUAAUGUUUGUCGGAAAAAUACGGAGACUUACAUAUGUACAUAAGGGCUGAUAUGUUGUAUAGGAAUGUUGACGGAAAUGAAGUACCAUAUUAUUAUAAAAUAUAAUAACGGAAACGUAUUGUUUUAAGUUUUAUAUACAGCAUGUCCGAUAUUAAUAACAAAUCAUCAAUGAGCAAUCUGCAGCCCCCAACAACAACAACCGUCGGUCAAAUGCUAGCYCCAGCAAACACUGCACCACAAAAACUUUAUUCAGGUUCCGCUACUGGGAAUCCACGUAACAAAUGUGCGCUCAAGCCUGGUCACUCUCUAUUGGAUUGGAUACGACUUGGUAACUCAGGCAUAGACUUAGCAGGCACACGUGGUCGUGUGACGACUGUAAAUAGCGACGAGCUUGCACGACAUAAUACUCGGGAGGAUGCUUGGAUGGCGAUACGGGGCAAGGUGUACAAUGUGACGCGUUACAUGGAUUUUCAUCCUGGUGGUGUUGACGAGCUAAUGCGUGGCGUUGGAUGCGAUGCCACAAAACUYUUUGAUGAGGUACAUGCCUGGGUAAACUAUCAACAAUUGUUGGUGAAAUGCUUUAUUGGUCCAUUGCGUACGUUGUCCAAAAUGAGUUCCUUACCAGAAGGGAGAACACCAGUUCCGAMAGCUAACUUUGAAAUACCGUCCAGUAACAAACCUGUAAACACAAACAUCGAAAUUGUACCACGUUUUGACUGGAUACAGAAACGACAAGACCUCACAAUCUACAUUUAUACUCGCCAACUUUGCAAUCCAGGUCUGCUAUUGCGCCGAAAAUGUGCUAARAAACUACAACUGCAGGUGCAAAUAAACAGUGCACAACAUAUAUUUGAAUUCGAGCUGCAUGAAGAAAUAGAUUGGCCACCGAAGUCAGUGCGUGUUGGUAGUGAGACAGGUAAAAUCGAAGUAUCGGUCACUAAAGUAGAGCCUGCUCUAUGGUCAACGUAUGGAGCACACAAUGUAUCGAAAGGUGUAGUGGGUGAAACGGAGGAUUUGGAGUAUGAAUAUGAAGUWGUAAAAUGUACGGAUUUUAAUCAUGAUUCAUUCGUGUUAUGUUUGCGUGAUAUACGAGGCACAUUGAUGGUGCUACCCAUUGGCUAUCACAUGACUGUAGCGGCGCUAAUAAAUGGCGAAUUGAUCCGUCGCAGUUACACACCUGUUCCAGGCAAAGUUCUGCCACAACCUCACACUGACAAUGAAAGCAAUAGUACAAAUUUAAAYUUCCUUAUUAAAAGCUACGGUGAGGGCAUACUAUCGACGCAUUUGCGUCAGAAGCAAAUCGGUCAGAUGUUAUUACUAUCAACACCACAUGGCAAUCUUCAUCUUCAACGUUUACUGCCUCAUCGUCAAAUAGCUCUUAUCGCUGCUGGCAGUGGUCUGACGCCUAUGCUAAAUUUAAUUGAACAUUUGCUUAAACGAAAUGCAAACCGAAUCGACUAUUUACGUUUAAUGUACUUCAAUAAAACACCAGCAGACAUAUGGUGUCGYGGUGAGCUAGAACAGCUGCAAAAAACUGAUGAGAGAUUCCAAUUGGUGAAUGUGCUUUCCGCAGCCGACGCAGAAUGGACGGGAUUACGUGGGCGGAUAUGCAACGAGCUACUAGCCCCUCUAAUAACGAAAAACACAACAGAAUAUGCCAGUUUUGUGGCUGUAUGUGGACCUAGCGCAUUUAACCAAGCAGCUCAGGAUAUAUUACAGGAGUUGAAAUUUAAUUUGGAAAAUUUACAUAUAUUUCAAGGUUGAAUAAAGCCGCUGUUUUUAUAUAAAACAUUAA